AGCUCCACGUUUUUGUGGAAGACCGUCUCUCCUUUUUCUUUUUAACGUGGAACAUCUGAGACAGUGCGUUCACCGUGGUAUGAGCUGGUUGCAGUGACCUGGGCAGGUAAAGGAAUCCCAAGAUCCAGACGAAUCCAGAGCCCUUUGGCUUGCUGGUCACAUUCAGGAGAUUUCAUCCCUUGCGUUGGGAGGAGGGUGUCCUUUGGAAGAGAGAGGAAAAUGUCCGCCGAGCAGGCCCCGCAGAUCCUCCAGGAGAAGAGUAUCCGGGAAUUCCUGCAAAGGAAGCCGGGGGAAGAGAUUAAACAGGAGCCAUGUGACCGGCUGCUUCAACAGUGGGAAGUCCAGUGGCAGGAGUUCCUGAAGACGGUCGAGACCUCUCAGCCAGGGCUGGGUCCUCAGCAGUUGCCAGAGGAGCCCACACCGUGGGACGACGCCAAGGCCUUCCUGGCCUCCUUCGAGCAAGUGGCUGAAGCCUGCCGGUGGCCCCGGGAAGAGUGGGUGACCCGGCUCCUGCCGGCCCUCAGCGGGGAAGCCAAGCAGGCCUUCAGCAGGCUGGAGGGCCGAGACAGGAAGGAUUAUGGGAAAGUGAAGGCGGCCAUCUUGCAAGGGGAUGCCAUCAGCCGGGAGAGGCAGCGCCAGCACUUCCGGCACUUCCGCUACCAGGAGGCCGAGGGCCCCCGUGGAGUGUACAACCGGCUCCAGGAGCUUUGCCGGCAGUGGCUGAAGGUGGAGAGGCACUCCAAGGAGCAGAUCCUGGAGCUGCUGAUCCUGGAGCAGUUCUUGACCGUCCUGCCGCCAGAGAUCCAGAGCUGGGUGAGGGAACGUGGCCCGGGGUCCUGUGCCCAGGCGGUGGCUUUAGCCGAGGAUUUCCUGUGGAUGCAACGAGAGUCUUUGAGGUGGGAACAACAGGUGGUGACAGCAGGGCCACCCUUGGCAGCAAUGGCCAUCUCGUUGGCUGAGGCAGAGCCGGCGCCGUCUGAUGCUGGGAGGAGGCAGCUGUGCAUGGUGGUGAAGCAGGAGGUAGACACCGUAAACGUGAGCUCUCAUGCAGGUGUUGCCCGACAGAGUGAGAAUAGCGGGGAACUUCUUGGGGUCCAGUCACAAAGGGUCGAGCAGCAAAAGCUGGAAGAAAACUUUGGGAAUCAAGGUGGACCAAGGAGGAGAACGAGAAACCACCAAGCUGAGAAGUGGAAGAAACCCCCCAUUGCUUGUCAGGGAGGUGGGUUCCAUAACGCUUCCAUCCCCGAAGAGAAACCAGUUGAAAAGCGAAAGUACAAGUGCAACGUCUGUGGGAAAUUCUUCAGUUAUAAGUCGAGCCUUAAAAUACACCUGAGGAUCCAUACGGGAGAGAAACCGUAUAAAUGUCAAGAGUGUGGGAAGAGCUUUAUUCGGAGUGAUCUCCUUGCCUCUCACCAAAGAAUCCACACGGGGGAGAAACCGUACAGCUGCUCAUAUUGUGGAAAGAGCUUCUGUGAUCUAUCCACCCUUAUUAAACAUCGGAGAAUUCACACUGGGGAGAAACCAUAUGUGUGCUUGGAGUGUGGCAAGAGCUUCAGUCAAAAGGCAAUCCUGAAUUCACACCAACGAAUUCACACAGGAGAGAAGCCACAUAAAUGCAUGGAGUGUGGAAACAGCUUCAGUCGGAGCACCUACCUUACUUCCCAUCAAAGAAUCCACAUGGGGGAGAGAACAUAUAAAAACAUAGACUGUACCAGGAGCUUUUCUGAGCAAUCUGGUCUUAUUCACACUCCGAGAAUUCAUGUAGAGGAGAAACCUUAUAAGUGCCCUGAGUACAGCCAAAACUUCAGUCAGCAAUCGUCAUGCCUGGCACAUCAGAAAAUGUACACAUUGAGCGACACUAUCAAUGUUUUUGAAUGUGGAGAGAAACUUCAGCUAGAGGCAACAUCUUAUGAGACUUCCGAGCAUCCUAGUACUUAGCCUCUCAUCUGGUCGCCUGUGGUGAUUUGAGUUUGCCUCCUGGUGACCAUGUGUUUCCACUCCAACAGGGAUUAAACCCACAUGCUUUAAAGAGCAACAUUAUAAAUGGUUGAGCUAUUUCCAUCCUUCAGUGGAGAUGCAAACUGAGGGUUGUUGUAUAUGCUGCUUCUAUUUUGCAACUAGUUAUAUAUAAAGUUUGAGAGAAGAGGUAGGAAUGCAGAGUUCUCUCUCUCUCUCUCUCUCUCUCUCUCUCUUUUUUUUUUUACAAUAGCAUUUCAAUUUCUCCCACUCUGCCAUUCCUGCUUCUCAAGCAGAGAAACCAGACCUUCACUCUUGUUUAGGGUUGGGCGUUUGAUCGGUCAAGAUCAAUUUGGUCAAUAGACCUGUCAGACGUAUUCUUAAACAAUGAUCAAGUAUUUAAAAAUAGUACUGUUUCAUUAGAAAAUGGCUAAUUAGAAAAUGGCUUUCCCUGACUCUCCAGAAUUGAAAGCAGGGCAGGGGAAUCUUGUUUUCUGUUGAGGGCUGCAUUCCCUUGCAGAUUAUCUUUUUUUUAGGGGGGGGUGCUGGCAUUGGAUGGGGGCAAAGAGCCAAAAGUGGGCAGAGUUUGCAGGAUUGCAUAGUUGUCUCUCUCCAUCCCCCUCCGCCCUCCUUCCCUAUCUCUGUCUGUCUCUGUCUGUCUCUUUCACCCCAUUUCUCUCUCUCUCUCUCUCUCUCUCUCUCUCUCACUCACUCACUCACUCACACACACACACACACACACACACACACUCACACACACACACACACACACACACACACACACACGUUUCCUUCUGUCUCUCUCUCACCCCAUCUUUCUCUCACACAGAAAAUGUGGAAAAGGAAGCCGUUCCCAGAGGGUUAGAACUGGAUAGCAAGAGUGGGCCCACAACACCCAGAGGACGAUGUGAAACCAGGCUGGGGGACACAGGCUUGCCACCAUAGAUUUAAAGCCUCGCUUGCAGCAGUAUCUAAUAUGUAUUACUUCAACCCAUACCUUCAAGUUCUUCUGAACCACAGCUGUUUUUCCGGAGACCCUGUCUGUCACAGGAGCUUUACAGAGCUGCCAGCCAGAUCUCCUUGGGGUGGGGGCACUUCCUGGUUCCUGCAGCAAGAAAAGUGGGAAUCCGGGGUGGUCCUAGGCAGUGAUGUUUGGCCCCUGAUGGCUGCCUGAGUUCCUCUUCCUCUUGGGCAAUGCCCACAGUUCUAGCAGGUGGCCUGUAAGAGGAGCUUUACAUUGUUGUGAUGCCCCUCCAAAAUGCUAUGGGGGGGGACAGCCUGUCCUUGCUAACAAGUUGCAUCACAAUGGCAUUCUUGGAAUACUUGACCAUAUUUGAUUAUCGACAAUAUGAAUAAAAAUGACUGCAAAAUUGACAAUAUGAAGACCAUCUAGCUGACCAUCUAUCCCCUCCUCCAUCUAGCUGUUCAUCUGUCCCCUCCUCCCCUUCUACCUGCUACAGGGGCCAUGUACCCGAUCAUGAAAGGGGAAGUGAAGAAUCAGAGGAGGGGGAGAGCUGCUAAGAAGGUCAAGAAGACUCUCCCCCUUCACUGAAAAAUCUGGGUUCUUGCUUGGUGGGUGUCAAUUCUGCUGAUUUCUUCCUAUCCCAUUGCCCUCCCACCGCCCCUUCGCUUACACUCCGGAUGGGGAGAAUGAACGGCUGGUGUUCCCCUUCCUCUUUUGUGUUGCUGUUGAUGGUAGCUGAGCUGGCUGGAUUUGGGAGCAUUGGUGGGCCAGUUUUUGCCCCACACUGCAAGGGCAGCGCUUUUCCUUCCCACUCUGUGGGAAUGCAUAAGAGCCACACUCUUAUUUAAGGGAGAAAGUGAAAAGGGGCACAUUCAGGAAGAAGAAUGGGCUGGGUCUAAACUUCUUUGGUGCUCCAGUGCCCGCCCCUCCUCAGCCAUUAGUAACUGAGCCCCUUAAUCAUUUGAAUUGCUCCGUCCUGGUCCUUGGUCGCACCAGAGUGUAACAGAAUGGUACGAGAGUGCCGUGGUUUUUUGGUUUGUUUAAAAAAUAUAGGCAGUUACAUGGUUGGUGGCUUUGCCUUUGCUUGUUAAGAUGCUCUUCUCAUGCCUUCUUUGUAGUCAGUCGCAGUUGGUUAAAGAGGGCAUUGGUGGCUGGUGCCCAUCAGGACUAGGAGGGCGGAAGCCGAGGAGCCCACAGUACGUAGAGGCAGAUCCAAUGAUAGGCAGAUCCAAGGAACUCUCCGUUUUCUCCCCAUUCUUCUCCCUGCUGAGUUCCACAAGGGGCCAAACUGAGGCUGAAGAGAAGGAAUCAGACAACCCUGGCUACCCUCUGGACUGGUUGUGAGUAAGAAGCAGAGCUUGGAAAAGUUACUUUUUUGAACUACAACUCCCAUCAGCCCAAUCCAGUGGCCAUGCUGGCUGGGGCUGAUGGGAGUUGUAGUUCAAAAAAGUAACUUUUCCAAGGUCUGGAGAAGGCAAGUGGGCUUGGAGGAAUCGAGACUGAGGUUGGUGGGGCAGGGUCUCGGUUGCCCCAAUAGGCCAGCCUGCACUGAAAGAGGGAGUAGGGUGUUCUUAACAUGGCACAGCAAGCCUACUAAGCUGGUUUGCUAAUUUGCCUUCCCGAGAGCGUGAACUUGCUCUCUUAAUCCCCCCUUUUUGGUUCUUGGGACUUCUCCAGUGGUGCCUCCCAUCAAGCUUUUCACGAACCAUAGGCUCCCUCCUCCAUAAAGCCGUCACUCCCAUUUCCCCUAACCCCUAGCACAGUAACGGGGAACGCGCAGGGCCUGGGAACCUUUUAUUAAGCCUGAGGGCUGCAUUACUUUCUGGGCAGCCUCCCAGGGGCCAGGGGCAAACGUGAUGGAGCAACACAUGUAAAUUUUACCUUUUCCCUGGGGCUGCAAACUUUUUGGGGAACCGUGAAGCAAACUCCAAGGCUGACUAUUUGCAUUUAAAAUGGCAGCGGUUGCUUUUGUGUUUUGUUUUCAAUCGCUUUGCUAUCUUCAAAUGUACUGAUUUGUGUUUUUCAAAUAGUUUUUAAAAAUGUGCUUUUCCCCCUAAAAAUACAAACUGUUUUUUAAAAGGUUUUGUUAAGUUUGUAACCUAAACUGACUUUCAGCCCUGCCGUUUGGGAUGUGUAAGAUAUUUUAGUAAGCUAAAUAAAUAAACUGGGCCUUGAGAGAGCA